CAGGAAGUUGUGUUUCCACCCGGACUCUCUCGUGUGAUGCACCACGUGCUCGGUGUUUUGUUUCAUGUUUGUGUGAUCUGUGUGCGGCGGAGGAUCAAAGAGAACAUCAUUAACUACAGACACCUUCUGCGGCUGCGCGGCUUUCUGUCUCGGCAUGUCUCAGGACAGUCAACACGGCAAGUGGACCGUCUCCAGCAGCGAUGAGGACGACGAAGGUCUUCCUCCUUCUGGGACUCCAACGUCUAAGCCCCGCCCCCCUGUUGAUCCCCGUAACAGAUCCCAUCGGUCCCCCAGUCCGCCCAGCCUCAAAGUGAAACCAGAAGCAGCCUCUGUGGAUUUAAAACCAGAGCCGGACUACGCCCCUGUAAGCUCGCUUGUGAUUGGCUCUGAGGCCAGACAGUCGGCAGCGGUGAACACUCCAUCAUUGGCUGGGAAAAGAAAGAAGGAGGAGUCAGAGGGAUCAGGCUGGGCCCUCUCUGACAGCGAUGACGAAGACGUCGAUUUGAGGAGGAAGAGUGUCGGUAACCCGCCGAAGAGAGCGCCCCCUAGCCCCAAAACCAAAAAACCAAAGGUGGAGAACGAGCGCCCGCCGAGUCCUCACGGCCGGGCUUACUACAUCGACGAACCAGACGAUUUCUUUGAAACCAGUCUUCCCAGUGCGAGCGACCCUUACAGGUUUUACCUGAACAAAGUGACCGGCCUGGACAGACGGUUCAACACGGGAGCGCUUCACAUCAGAGACAUCCUCUCUCCUCUGUUCGGGACCCUGAAAGAGUCGGUUCAGUUUAACUACUGCUUCGAUAUCGCCUGGAUGCUGAAGCAGUUCCCUCCAGAGUUCAGGGAACGUCCAGUUCUGAUCGUCCAUGGAGACAAGAGGGAGGCCAAGGCUCGACUGGUCCAGCAGGCUCAGCCUUUUCCUCAUGUUCGAUUCUGCCAGGCCAAGCUGGAUAUUGCUUUUGGGACUCACCACACGAAGAUGAUGUUGCUGUGGUACGAGGAAGGUUUCAGAGUCGUCAUCAUGACCUCCAACCUGAUCAGAGCCGACUGGUACCAGAAAACACAAGGGAUGUGGAUGAGCCCGCUGUUUCCACGGUUACCAGAGGGUAGCAGUGAGAGUGCAGGUGAGUCCCCGACCUUCUUUAAGAGGGACCUGUUGGAGUACCUGGCGUCGUACCGAGCACCUGAACUAGAGGAGUGGAUCCAACGCAUCAAAGAGCACGACCUGUCAGAGACCAGAGUCUAUCUGGUCGGCUCGACUCCAGGGAGAUAUGUGGGUUCAGACAUGGAGCGCUGGGGUCACCUGAGGCUGAGGAAGCUGCUGUAUGAACACACGCAUCCUGUUGCCAACGAGGAGAGCUGGCCUGUGAUUGGUCAGUUCUCCAGCAUUGGCUCCAUGGGGCUGGAUAAGACCAAAUGGUUAGCAGGAGAGUUCCAGCGCACCAUGACCACGCUGGGGAAGUCGUCUCUACGCCCCGACACCCCCGUGCACCUGCUUUAUCCAUCAGUGGAAGACGUUAGGAAUAGUUUAGAGGGAUAUCCAGCGGGAGGCUCUCUGCCCUACAGCAUCCAGACGGCUCAGAAACAACUCUGGCUCCACUCCUACUUCCACCGCUGGAAGGCGGACACGACAGGAAGGAGUCACGCCAUGCCGCACAUCAAGACGUACAUGAGGGCGUCGCCAGACUUCUCUCAGCUUGCCUGGUUCCUCGUCACCAGUUCCAACCUGUCCAAAGCAGCGUGGGGCGCUCUGGAGAAGAACAACACUCAGGUGAUGGUUCGGUCGUACGAGCUGGGCGUCCUCUACGUGCCCUCCGCCUUCGACGUGAAGACGUUUCCUGUUCACAAAAACCCGUUUCCUGUCUCGUCCUGCUCUGGAUUUCCCGUGCCCUUUGACCUGCCCCCCUCGGGUUACUCCCCUAAAGAUCAGCCUUGGAUCUGGAACAUCCCGUACAGCCAGGCUCCAGACACACACGGCAACGUCUGGGUGCCCUCCUGAACACACACACACACACACACACACACACACACACACACACACACACACACACACACACACACAGACACACAGACACACACACACACACAGACACACACACACACACACACACACACAGACACACACACACA